AUGCCUAAAUGGAUCAUAAAUACACGAAUAUUGGACUUCAACAAGCUCAACAGCACUGCAUAUUUACCGAGAUGGGCCGCCAAAAAGAAAAAGAAGAUCCAUAAAGUGCUCAUUCCACGCAGAAGAUCAAAAAGAAGCCCUCAUCGCCUUGUUCUACCAAAAUCAGAAUUUGAGCCUUUGCAGGCAAAGCAAAGCGAAGUACUACCACCUCUAUUCGAGCAGACUACGAAAAGUCCCGUUCACAAAGUGACUAAUUUAUUCGUGUCUUUAUUUGGCAAAGUACCCGUGCAGGAUCUCUCAACGAAAUGGUCGACAACUUAUAAGAAACUGGUAAAACUUGCCCAAAUUUUCGAGAGCAACGAGAAACUGCCAGGAGCAAGGGUAUACGACACGAGAGUCUACGACCUUGUUGUUGGCAACAACGCGCCGAAGCCUUCCGAGGUGUUCGUGCCGCCGUUCUUGACAAAUGUGUUCAAUAUUGUGAAUUCCUUCAAAGGAUCACCAAAUGCUCGUAUACUCAGCCCAAGGUUCGUUCCACUCAUGCCAGACAAGACCGACGCCAAACGAAUUCUUUCCCCUUCGUUGUUCCCACUAUACAAGGACGAUACAGAGGAACAAAUAAUGCCCGUUCCUAAGAUGCUGGAGACUGUGGGCCUGAAUGAAAAGGACCGAAAGAGGGUGCUCGAAAUGGUCAUGGAGGUCAGCGGUGCUCGGGAGGCUGUCGACAACGCAAUGAAGAUACUGCACCAUUUGAACUCGUUCGAACUUGGAGAAAAAUUCCUUGCUGUCAGUGAGCGGGUUGGAGAAAGUUUCGAACGAUUGCGAAAUUCAAUGUCUGCGAGGCAAAAAGACGAAUUGAACAAGAGAGGAUUUACAUUCAUGGAGAAAGCCCAGAUGCGAAAAUUGCACGACGAACAAGGUUGUAUUUUGCAUAUUUUCAAAGCAAUACAGUACAAAAAGAAGUACAUUAUAGGUUUAAAUGAACCUGAAAUCAAGUCGAUAGUUGAAGACUAUGGAGCGCUAGGGGAGGAUCAACGCGAAGCUGCACUAUGGGAAGCGAUUGCGAAUAUCGCCGGUCUCAACAAACGUCAACGCAGGCGCCAGCGUCGACAGGUCACUGUUUUGGCUCCAGUUGUACUCAGCCCGUAUCAAUUCGCGCCGGUAUUAGGGCUUAGCAUUCUGGGCCCAGUUGUCCUAUCUCCAAACAUCUUCUCACCACUCGUCCUAAAUCCUUCUGUUCUUGGACCGUGGGUCUUGUCUCCAGCCAUUCCGUUACCUUUCGUCAUUUCGCCGUAUGUUCUUUCACCCUAUGUAUUGUCACCACUUGGCUUAGCUCCUUUUGUUUUUUCACCCUAUGUCCUGUCUCCGAAUGUCAUCAAUCCAUAUGUACUGUCACCAGUUGUUCUUAGUCCAGUUGUGCUUUGCCCAGAUGUAUUGUCUCCGAUGGCACUCGGAGGAGGGGUGCUCUCCCCAACUGUGCUGUCACCAUCUGUCCUUUCGAAGAGUUACCUAAUGGCCAGUGUGUUAUCGCCAUCUUUCUUAUCCUAG